AUGAAUCAGAAGAUCAGCCACAGACAUGCUCGUUGGAGUGAACUCUUACAGUCUUAUCCAUUCCUUAUCAAACAUAAGGCUGGAACUCUGAACUCCGUAGCUGAUGCCCUUAGUCGUCGUCAUGUGCUACUUACAACACUGCAAACUAAGGUUGUUGGAUUUGACCUUAUCAAAGAGUUGUAUCAGGAUGAUCCUGAUUUCCGAGGAGUGUGGGAAGCAACCAUAAAUCAACCUUUCCACCAGUUUUACAGGCAUGAUGGUUUUUUAUUUCGAGGUAAAACCCUCUGUAUUCCACAGGGUCCCUUAAGAGAAGCCAUAAUUUGGGAAGCACAUGACGGUGAAUUAGCUGGACAUUUUGGACGGGAUAAAACAGUUGAUCUAGUGAAGGAGAACUUUUACUAG